AUGUUGAGAAGAACCGCUCGUGAAGUCUUUCAGAAAUCGCCACACGAUGUGGUCGUCCUCUCCUCCGUCCGCAGUCCUAUCGCAAGGGCUUUCAAGGGCGGCUUCAAAGACUCCUACCCAGAGGAGAUCCUGAUGCCAGUCAUGCAAUCCGCCGUUUCCAGAGCCAAUAUCCAACCCGACCAAGUCAACGAUGCCUUGAUCGGCAACGUCCUGGCUGAACUGGGAUUCGCCAAAACAGGGCGUAUGGCGCUCAAUGCGGCUGGUUUUCCCAAUUCUACCACUUUUCACACGAUUAAUCGACAGUGUUCGAGUAGUUUACAAGCUAUUACUCAUAUUGCUCAUUCUAUCCUCGUUGGUCAGAUUGAUGUUGGUCUUGCGGGUGGUGUUGAGAGUAUGACUCGUAACUACGCUACUCGAGGAAUUCCUGUAGAUGCCUCGCCGGUUCUCAAGGGAUCGUCUGUUAAGGAUGCGAGAGACUGUAUUGAGCCCAUGUUGAGGACAUCGGAGAAUGUUGCGCAGCGGUAUGCAGUUAGUCGGGGGGAACAGGAUGAAUAUGCGGCUGAGAGUCAGCGACGGGCUGGAGAGGCGCAGAAAUCCGGUCGAUUCGAUAAUGAAACUGUCCCCAUUGAGGCGCGAUGGGUGGAUGAACAGAGCAAAGAGGUGGCCACGAAACUGGUGACAAAGGAUGAGGGCGUUCGUCAUGGAGUGACGGUGGAGAAGCUGUCGUCUCUGAAGCCGGUUCUAGAGGACGGGGCCAGCACGGCUGGAAACUCGUCUCAAAUCUCCGACGGUGCUUCUACUACAAUUCUCGCCCGCCGAUCAUGGGCAGAAGCCCAUGGUUUGAAACCGAUUGCCCGGUUCGCAGGUACACAAGUGAAAGGAUGCGCCCCGGAUGAAAUGGGAAUUGCCCCUAUCGACGCCAUCAAAGCACUAUACGAAUACUGUGGAGUGCAGAAGAGCGAUAUAGACAUCUUCGAGCUGAAUGAAGCAUUUGCUAGCCAGACACUCUACUGUGCCCGCGAACUGGGAUUGGAUCUGGACAAGGUCAACCCCAAUGGAGGAGCGAUCGCCCUGGGCCAUCCUGUUGGUGCGACUGGGGCGAGACAGACGGCGACAUUGCUGGCUGAAUUGAAGAGACAGGAUAAGGAGAUGGGAAUUGUGAGCAUGUGUGCUAGCACUGGAAUGGGGGUGGCUUCGUUGUUCAUUCGGGAGUAA